GUUAAGUGACCGCGGUCUGCUAUCAUUAUUACAUUUUUUUUGUUGAGCAGUCAGUGAUCAUUAGACUGUCUUUUAAUACACUACACAGCACAAGAUGAUAAAAAAAAUUAAUUUUAUUUUUCCAAUAUUAUUAUUGGCAUUAGUUGAAAUCAGCUAUGCUCAAGGUGGACAAAAAAUUUAUAGAAUGUGUGUACCACAAGUAUUCUAUCAAGAUUGUUUAGAUUUAUUAAAUGAUCCAUCAGAGGCUGGUAUUAAAAUGGAAUGUAUUAAAGGACGUGAUCGUCUCGAUUGCUUAGAAUUAAUUCAACAAAAUAAAGCUGAUGUAUUAGCUGUUGAUCCAGAGGACAUGUAUGUUGCAUAUCAUAUGAAAAAUCAAGAUUUUCGAGUAAUAAAUGAAUUUAGAACAAAAGUCGAAAAAGAUGCUGAAUUCCGAUAUGAGGGUGUAAUUUUAAUUAAAAAAUCAUCAACUGUUAAAACUUUAAAAGAUCUUGAAGGUUUAAAAUCAUGUCAUACUGGAUUUGGUCGUAAUGUUGGAUACAAGAUUCCAAUUACAAAAUUAAAAAAUCAUGGUGUCAUGAAAGUUUCAAUGGAUCCAACAAUAUCAGCUACAGAAAGAGAAUUAAAAGCUUUGUCCGGUUUCUUUUCAAAAUCAUGUCUUGUUGGUACUUAUUCUCCAAAUUCAGAUGUUGAUAAAGUUUUGAAAAAGAAAUAUUCUAAUUUGUGUGCUUUAUGUGAAAAUCCUCAACAAUGUAAUUAUCCAGAUAAAUAUUCAGGUUAUGAUGGUGCUAUUCGUUGUUUAGAUAAAGGUGAUGGUGAUGUUGCCUUUACAAAAACAUCAUUUAUUAAAAAAUAUUUCGGACUUUGGCAUGAUGGUACAAUUAAAGCUGAAAAUAAUCAUCCAGAAGAUUUUGAAUAUUUAUGUGAAGAUGGAAGUCGUAAACCAAUUACUGGACCAGCAUGUUCAUGGGCUCAAAGACCAUGGAAAGGUUAUAUAAGUAAUUCUGAUACUGUUAAAGAGAAACAAUUAUUACAAAGUUUACAAAAUCGUUUGGAUAAAUUUUUUGAAAAUGGUUUAAAAGCUGAAAAUAAAAAAGCGGCAAAAAAUCUAUUAAUUGAACCAGAUUUAGUUUUACAUGAUAAAAAUGGUGAUGUUAAACCAAAAGAAUAUUUAGAACGUGCUGGCUAUAAAGAUGUUAUUGAACGUGAUGGUAGUCUUACACAUAAAAUUAAAUUAUGUGUUAAUAAUGAAAUUGAAUUUGAUAAAUGUCAAACAUUAGCUAGAGCAGCAUUUUCACGUGAUAUCCGUCCAGAAUUUGAAUGUUAUCUAUCAGCUGAAAAAAAAUGUUAUGAUGAUGUUGCUAUUAAUGGUAAAGCUGAUGCUGUUAUUGUUUCCGGUUAUAAAUUUUCUAAAAUUCUAAAAGAAUAUAAAAAUUUAAAACCAUUAGUAUAUGAACGUUUAGAUAGCGAUGAUGUUUAUGUAACUGUAAUUGAUCCAAAAUUGACAUCAGAACAAAUUCAAAAACUUCCAAUAAAAUAUGAUAAAUCAAUUGAAAGAUCACGAAAUGCUGCAAUAUUUUUGAAUUUAAAACGUGGUAAUUUAGGUUGUGAUAAUUUAGAUGAAAAUGUUCAAGAUGAUCAUAUUCAAAUUGUUAAUUCAAAAGAUUUGAAUAAAUAUAAGGAUAAAAUGUUAUUAUGUUUGGAUAAUAAACGUGCACCAGUAACAGAUUUUAAAACAUGUAAUACUGAAACAUUUUUACCAAAUUCUGUAUUUGUUGCUGAAAAUAUGAGUCAAUUGGAAAAAGAUAGUUACAUUCAUGCAUUUACAUUACUAAGUGAUUUAUUUGGAGCACAAGGAAAAUUACCAGAUGUUUUUGAUAUGUUCUCAGAAUUUAAAGGACAUAAGGACGUUCUGUUUAGCGAUCACGCUUUAUCGUUUGUUACAGAAACGAAUGCUUUCUCUUCAGCUGAUGAAUAUUUUUACGAUACCAUUUUGAAGUGUCAAUAGAAUUAAAAUAUUAUUUAUAAUAUUCAAAAAUUUUUAUAAUUCAUACAACACAUAAGACUUUAAAUUACGCUCUAGUAAUAAAUAUUUGAAUUCAAUAAAUUUUUUUUAAAUUAAUAA